GCAGCUGAAUAUGUCCCAGAGAAGGUGAAGAAAGCUGAAAAGAAAUUAGAAGAGAAUCCAUAUGACCUUGACGCUUGGAGCAUUCUCAUUCGAGAGGCACAGAAUCAACCUAUAGACAAAGCACGGAAGACUUAUGAACGCCUUGUUGCCCAGUUCCCCAGUUCUGGCAGAUUCUGGAAACUGUACAUUGAAGCAGAGGUUAAUAUUUUAUUUUAUUUUUCUUAUAUAGCAUCUGAUGGGAAUUGCAGCAUACACUAUAGUGGUAAAGACAAGUUAGGGACAUAGAUAGCACAACUCGGACAAGGAGGGUUUAAAUGUCUCUUGCCUUUAUUUUGUAAAAUAGAUAUAAAGGAGUGAUUAAAAUGAAUUUUUGAAAUUUGGGUCUUUACAAGCUGAUGAUUGUUGCAUUUUGCAAUUGCAACAACAUUAAAACAGUUUCAAUGGUA